AAUUCAAAUCAAUAUUUUAAGGUUAUGCUACUUUGGGUUCUUGCCAUUUUUCUAUCAGUAACUGCCCGACAGUACCUUCCAAUAAAUCGUAUUCCUAAAUGGAAAACAGUAGAUCCCAAUUAUGGACCGGAUUACGGGCAACCGGAACAGAUUCAUCUGUCUAUGGGAGCCUCACCAACAGAAAUGGUGAUCACCUGGCUAACAUUUGAUGAUACGGAGAAGUCAUUAGUACACUACGGACUGAUUACUGAUAAGAAGUUAGAUCAGAUUUCUGAAGGGUUGUGCAGCCUGUUCGUCGACACACCGAAAUCUCCCAAGAAGCGUUAUAUCCACCGCGUUACCAUUUCAGGACUGGUGCCAGGAAAAACAUAUCAAUAUCGUGUGGGCAGUGAACAUGGAUGGAGCGCACUAUACAAGUUUACUGCAUUGACUCCACGACAGGACGGUGGCUAUGAGAUUGCCGUCUUCGGAGAUUUGGGUAAUCAAAAUGCUCGAUCACUGGCGAAACUUCAGCAAAUGGCUCAAGACGGUGAUAUCGACAUGGUUAUGCACGUAGGUGAUUUCGCCUACAACCUUGACACCGAUGAUGGACGAGUUGGUGAUGAGUUUCUGCGGCAGAUAGAGACCGUUGCUGCUUAUGUGCCAUAUAUGACGACCGUUGGAAACCAUGAGGCAGCAUACAACUUUUCACACUAUGUUAAUCGUUUUACGAUGCCAAACUCGGAGCAUAACCAUUUCUACAGUUUCGACUUGGGAAAAGCGCAUUUUGUCAUUUUCUCUACCGAAUUCUACUUCUCCACUGAAUAUGGAUGGAAUCAAAUUCAAAACCAAUGGAAUUGGUUGAUCAGUGACCUUACGGCAGCAAACAAGAACAGAGCUAACGUGCCGUGGAUUUUGACAUUCGGUCAUCGGCCGAUGUACUGCUCAGAUUUUGAUGGAGAUGACUGUACGAAAUACGAAUCCAUAAUACGUACUGGCCUACCGAGAACACAUGCAUAUGGUCUCGAGAAACUGUUUUACGAAUACGGUGUUGAUGUAGAAAUCUGGGCUCAUGAGCACACAUACGAACGAAUGUGGCCGGUCUACAAUCGAACUGUAUACAACGGCACUGCAUCUCCUUAUAAGAAUCCUCAUGCUCCAGUCCAUAUCGUUUCAGGAUCAGCUGGCUGUCGAGAAAAUACAGACACAUUUAUUACUCAUCCUGGUCCAUGGAGUGCCGUACGAUCUACGGACUAUGGUUUCGGAAUUCUUAGAAUUCACAACGCUACUCAUAUCCACUUCAGACAAGUAGCCGCUGCUAAGGUAUAG